CCACUCAACACCCUGUCAAUAUUUCUAUAUAUAUACAUAAAGAGAGAACGCUCUUGGCUAGCUAGCCUAGCUUGAAAGAGUGCUUAGAGAGAGCUCACCAGCAUAUUUAUACGUAUCUCAGCUUAAACGAAAGUCAUUUAAAACAGCUUCGCUACCAGAGAGAGAGAGAGAGAGAGAGAGAAUGGGGAGAGCUCCGUGUUGUGAGAAGAUGGGUUUGAAGAAAGGCCCCUGGACCCCCGACGAGGACCGCAUCCUCAUCAACUACGUCCAGCAUCACGGCCACGGGAAUUGGCGGAGGCUCCCUAAGCUCGCCGGCUUGUUGAGGUGUGGCAAGAGUUGCAGGCUCAGGUGGACAAAUUACUUGAGACCAGAUAUUAAAAGAGGAAACUUUAGCAGAGAAGAAGAGGACACCAUCAUCCAACUCCACGAAAUGCUUGGGAACAGAUGGUCGGCGAUAGCAGCGAGGUUGCCGGGACGAACAGACAAUGAGAUAAAAAACGUGUGGCACACCCAUCUAAAGAAGAGGCUAAGAAAGGAGCACGAGGCGGCAGUGCUCGACAAUGUUCCGUCCAAAAGGCUAGUCACGAUGUCGCAUACCAACAACGAACCACAUGCUAAAUAUGAAAGCCACGGUGGGCCAAUCUCAUCUCCCCAAACUCAACAGAGCUCAAGCAGCGUGUCUCUAUCCUCUACGACCACGGAAGACAACAGCGGCAAUGAUAACAAAUGCAUCAAAGAGGCGCUUGAAGAUGCAAUCUCCGGAUUGAUAGACGAGAAUUUCUGGUCAGAAUUGGUAUCAUCAGAUGACAACAACUCAGCCAUGAGCGAUGAUUUUCUUGCGGUUAGCAGUGAGUUCCAAUCGUCCCUAAGUUCAAACGUUGGACCGUGGGACAUGAAUGGAGGUGGGAUGGUGGAUUGUUUUUGGUAUGAUCUCCUCAAAGGAGCUGAAUUAGCAGAUGUCUAGGUGACAGUUGCAAGAAUUAGUCCAUUUCUUCUUCUUUUCUGAAAUUUUUUUAUCCUUGUUCUGUUGUUUUUUGUAUUGAGGUUUUACGUGCGGACUCGAGAGUCAUGAUUUUGAAGGUGACCACUGCCGUUAGCGACCGGACUUAGCUGACCAAUCGAGUUGGACCAAACAGUGAUGAGGAUUUGUGGGUGGGAAGCUUUCAAACUUCGCUGGAGAGAACCUUGUUGUAUAUGUACCGAACACACAUAUGGAGACAACACCAUCGCUGGUGGUUCUCGAAUGAACGACCGUCCUUUACUAAUUC